AUGACAGAAUUUAUAAAUAAUAUUUUACAAAAAAUGGGCGUCGAUACAAUAAUUUUCUACUCUUCCCUCGUCAUGUGCAUGACGCUGGGCAGUUAUUACAAAAAGAUAUCGGAGGUUAAUCUUAAACGUAACUUUGGAAGCGGUCUCGGUUUUCUGGUGUCUUGUCUGAUUUGUGGAACCCAAAUAUAUCACACCGUGCUACUGGUGUGGGGAAACAUUGUUAUCAUAAAAUGUUGCGAUAGAAGAUACCUUCACCAAAUAAGUCUAGCGUACACGUGGAUGUAUUUAUUCUAUUUGCACUACUAUUUAUCUCACACUUACGUGAUUUGGAUCUAUCAGACGCUCGCCUUGAGACUGGUCGGCCUGGCCUUUGAAAUCCAUUUAGCUCAUAGGGCGAAAGGUGAAACUCGAGUCAGUGUCACAAGAGUCACCAUUGGCGAUAGCGAUCUUAUCACAAACGACCCGAGCGCAGUCGAUAUUAUAACGUAUGCGUAUUUUUUCAUAGGAUUGCAUAAAGGGCCUUACUAUAGAUGGAAAAUCUUCGAAGAUCAUUUUAGCUCACCUUUCGCGACUUUGGGUGAUUGUCGUGUAAUAACUGAACAAAAACUGAAGAAAGCGUUCUUGUGCGCAUUGGGUUAUAUGCUUCUGCGAAUGAAGUAUUCUCCCGAGUUCUACUACAUGGACGAAUUUUAUACGGGUGAUUACGGAACGGACUUUCGCUACCUAUACAAUAUACCACAACUGAUGACAUACUUUUUGUUUUAUCAAAUAACAAUGCUUCUAUGUACGAGUGUGUGCACGGAGACAGGUUUUGGCAUUUAUCCGGCUAAAUGUGUCCCCAUACCGGGAUUCGGUCCUUCCGCUCGGUUCAGCCUUUUAAAAGUAGCCGGUGGUACGACUGAAGCAGCGAUACAAGAGGAAUACAAUUUUUCCAUGUUAAAAUGCUUCGAUCAUGAGAAAUUACUGAUUGGACCAAAAAUGAAAGACAGUGUCCGAAGUUGGGAUAUGCCCACCCGCUUUUGGUUCUGGGCAAAUGUUUAUAAGACUUCAUUGAGAGCAAACAAAGAAGUUCGAAGUGCGUGGUCAUUUUUCGCGUGGACAAUAUGGUGCAGCCCAACUUUGCCUCAAACCAUUAUCUCGGCGACUCUGUGGGUCUACAUCCAUUUAGAAUCAGAGUACGGCGAACUGUAUGACACUUCCGGAACGGUAAUUAAGUCAUCGUAAUUUGGUCCCAAGUUUCAUUGGCCGUAAUGAUCUCGUACUGAUAAGAACCGGUUUGUACUUUGUACAACACCGGAUAACGUUGAUGAACACUACAUUGUGUGGGUUUAAAUUAACUAAAUGUAAACUAGAGAUAAUAAUUAGUGUCAUUAAACUAAAGUAUAUGAAAUAUGUUGUAUAGGUUUUUCAAUAAGAGCUUAUGCAGGUAUUUUGUAGAAAUUUACAAUCUUCAUCGUACAUAUAUAAAGUUAUAUUAAAAUAAGACAUAAAAAAACCAUAACAAUGGAUAGAGUUGAUCCUGGGAUCAAGUUAAUAAAAACGCCCGUUAUCGAAUAAAAUAAUAUUUUACGUUAGUCUCGAUAACCAUAGGUAUAUAGAAUAAGUUGAGGUCGUUUUGUCGCUCACGGGCAGAAACACAAAUAAAAUGUAGAUUGUGCUCUUGCGCAAACGCAAGUAUAUCUAGUAACUAGUUGUAGUUACUUGUUUAUUCAAAUGAAAUUGAUAUAAUUUUUUCAGAUGAAACUGCCAUGGGAUAUUGGAUUCUCAAUAAUGCGUCUUUUCUGUCUUAUCUAUUUGACCCCUUGCUUCAUUGUUAGCGAUACCAGUGUUGUGCUACGUUACUACAACUCAAUAUAUUGGAUAUUUCAUGUAAUACUAUUCGCUUUGAUGGUAGCUGCCAUUGUCAUUUAUAAAUUGAGAGGGGAGUAAAUGAAAGGCGAUUAAAUAUUC